AUGCCUCCGAAAAAGGGCAAGAAUCAGCCCCCUCCAGCCCCAGCGGCAUCUAAGUCCGGUAGCGGCGGCAGCAAAAAGGACGCCAAGAACAACAACAAGAAUAAUCAGGGGGGAGGCUCAAGUGAAGGUGACUUUAUCAUCUUCACCAACGACAAGAAUCCAAAGGGGAAGAAGGGGGGUUCAUCUUCAUCCCAGGGAAACACCAACAACAAGCCCGGCAACCCCUCCAACAGCAACAACAACGGCAACAAACCCGGAAACACCGGAGAGCCAGACGGCCCUCCCCGCCCAACAGUCCGCCAACUCAUCGGUGGCGCCUCCUGGACUGGAAAACUCCCUCUCAAAGAUGGCUCUUUCACAGUCUUCAUCUCCCUCUCCUCGAAAAACCCCAAAACCGGCGAGGUGACCAAGCUGCCCCCUUUCAAGCUCCCCCCCUCGCACGCCCAUCUGGUGGCGAAGCCCACCGCGAUCGAGGCCAAGCACGCGGCGGCUACGUAUGCGCUCUUUCGGGUGUGUAGUAUGAAGAGUUUGCAUAUGAUGCUGCCCCCGGAUUAUAGAGCGCUGUGGAAGGAGUUGGAGGGGAUCAAGAGUCAGGAUGUGAAGCAGGGGAGGGGAUGGCUGUAUGAGGGGGAUCCGUUUGCUGCUUGGAGGGAACAGGAGGCUAUCAAAGCUGCUGAGGAGAAGAAAAGGGAGGCGGAGAGGGCUGCUAAGGAAAAAGCAGCUGCUGAAAAGGCGGCGGGGGUUGUCCUACCCGUGAGGGAGGGGAGCUCGGGGAGGGGGGCGAGGGAGUGGGCGAAUGUGCCGAAAAUUGAAAUGGGCAAUCGAACAAGGCAACAGCUGGAGGAUCUGUUGAGACGAGAAGCGGUGUGGAACCCGCAUGGCGUUAUCAUGCCGGACACACAAAAGAGGGCGAUCGUGGAGGAGUUCGCCGCGCUCGGGUUUAGGCAGAGUCACGUGGAAGAGGCGGUUGAGGAGUGCAAAGACAGGGAGGAGACGCUGGAGUGGUUGCUGGUACAUAUUCCCGAGGAUGAUCUGCCGCGGUGGGCGUUGCCGGAAAAUUAUACUGCUGGCGUGACGGUUGCGACGACUGACCUCAAGAAGGAAGGGAUGAUCAAGAGGCUGGCACAGUCCGGGUAUUCGGCGGAUUUGUGUCGGAAGAUGUUGGAUGCGAAUGGAGGGGAUGAGGGCAAGGCGGCUGAGGCGCUGCAGAGGCUGUUGUUGUCGAGUGGUGGUGAGGAGGGACGGGUUCAGCAAGAGGACCGAGUCCAGGAUGAGGAGGGAUGGGGCACGCCUGAGGAGCGCUGGGAAGAGGAGAUGGCUACGCUGGAAGCCAGCUUCGGGGAUCAGUACAAGCGGCUGUCGCCUGCGGUCUGCCAGAUCCGUAUUGACGGCGUGACGAACGGUAACCAGAGCAAUGUUGAGACUUACCUCCAGUUCCGGCGGUCGCCGCAGUACCCGGCGCAGGUCAUCCUCUCUAUUGCAGCGCCGCUCCCGGCGUACAUCAAGCUAAGCAUCAUCAAGAAGGCGCUUGCUUAUGCGAGCGAGUCGCUUCGCGGGGAGGAGAUGAAGAUCUAUUUCCUGGUCACCUGGAUACAGGAGAAUAUCAACGAGGUCAUCUCGCGUCCGGGGAGGUUGAGGGACGUCGCGGCUGUGUCGUCUGCGGCGGCAGAGGAGCCCGCAUCGACGGCGAAGAAGGCGGCUAAGAGAAGGCCAAGGUUCCCCAGGCCGAUUAACUGGACGCCUGACCCCCAGAGCAGAGCGGAAUGGCUUGCGCGCGUGGAGACGCCGGCGUAUAAGAAGAUGCUUGCGGCCAGGGAGAGACUGCCGGCGUGGCAGGUCCAGGCGGAGGUUGUCAAGGCUGUUACGGAAAAUCAGGUUACCAUCAUCUCGGGUGAGACGGGUUCUGGUAAGUCGACGCAGUCGGUGCAGUUUAUCCUGGACGAUCUCUACAAUAAGGGGCUGGGCAAAGGAGCCAAUAUCAUUGUCACCCAGCCGAGGAGGAUCUCAGCCCUGGGUCUGGCCGACCGUGUGGCCGAGGAGAGAUGCUCGCAGGUUGGCCAGGAGGUGGGCUACUCUAUUCGUGGGGAGACCAAGACGAGUCCGGAUACGAAGAUCACCUUCGUCACGACGGGUGUUCUGCUUCGCAGGCUGCAGACUUCCGGAGGCAGAGUCGAGGAUGUGGUCGCCUCGCUGGCCAACGUGAGCCAUAUCAUAGUCGACGAGGUCCACGAACGCAGUUUAGACACCGACUUCCUGCUGAGCAUCAUCCGCGACGUGCUACGCAAGCGAAAAGACCUCAAGCUGAUCCUCAUGAGCGCCACCCUCGACGCGGCCUCCUUCCGCGACUACUUCACUGCCGACAGCAGUGACAUCACCGUCGGCAUGGUCGAGAUCGCCGGCCGCACGUACCCCGUGCAAGACUACUACCUCGACGACGUCAUCCGCAUGACCGGCUUCUCUAUCUCCAACCGGAACCACGACUACUACUACGACGAUGACGGCUCCUCUACUCCUCCGUCGGAACCAGACCCUGUCAACAAAACCAUCCAAAAACUCGGCGCCCGCAUCAACUACGACCUGCUCGUCGAAGUCGUCAGGACCAUCGACUCUGACUUAACAUCCCGGAACUCUGCCGGAGGCAUCCUUAUCUUCCUCCCCGGCGUCGCAGAGAUCACCCGCGCAGUCAACACCCUCCGCCCCCUCCCAUCUCUCCACGUCCUCCCCCUUCACGCCUCCCUCGACACCCGCGACCAGCGCCGCGUGUUUUUACCCCCUCCCCCGGGAAAACGUAAAGUCAUUGUCUCUACCAACGUCGCCGAGACCUCAAUCACGAUCGAUGAUAUAGUAGCGGUCAUCGACUCCGGUCGCGUCAAGGAGACCUCCUUCGACCCCGUCAGCGGGAUGCGUCGUCUCGAAGAGACGUGGGCUUCCCGCGCGGCGUGUAAACAGCGGCGUGGUCGCGCGGGGCGUGUGCAGGCCGGGUGGUGCUACAAGCUCUACACGCGGGAUGCCGAAGCAAAGAUGCGCGAGCGCCCCGACCCGGAGAUCCGCCGCGUCCCGCUGGAGCAGAUCUGCCUUGCCGUGCGCGCGAUGGGGAUACGCGAUGUGAGGGGGUUCCUAGCGCGUGCGCCGACUCCUCCGGAGGAUAGUGCCGUCGAGGGGGCGGUAACCAUGCUACAGAGGAUGGGAGCGCUGGAUGGAGAGGAGUUGACUGCGCUCGGGCAGCAGUUGGCGCUGAUACCCGCUGAUCUGAGGUGUGCCAAGCUGAUGGUGUAUGGAGCGAUAUUUGGGUGCUUGGAUGAGUGUGUUUGUAUAGCGGCUAUACUGAGCACGAAGUCGCCUUUCCUUGCGCCCGUAGAGAAGAGGGAGGAGGCGAAGGCGGCCAGGGGAAGGUUUACACGGGGCGGGACGACGGCGUCAGAUGGAGAUUUGAUGACGGAUUUGAGGGCUUACCAGGAAUGGGAAGCUAUGAUGGCGGGGGGCACGCCGCCGAGGAAGGUUAGGCAGUGGUGUGAGGAGAACUUUUUGAGCUGGGCUACGCUGAGCGAUAUUGCUGCUACGAGGGCGCAGUUUUAUGAAGUUCUCCGGGAAAUGGGGCUCGUUUCCUCCAGCGUUCCCCCCUCCUCCCCUUUGUCUUCUUCUUCUUCUUCUACCCAGUCGUCAACAUCAUCCCCCGGCCUGUUAAGAGCCCUCACCGCAUCUGCCUUUACCCCGCAGAUUUUGCGUAUCUCGUUUCCGGACAAGAAAUUUGCAACCUCUGUCUCGGGAGCAGUAGAGCUGGACCCCGAAGCGCGUACGAUCAAGUACUUUGCUAAGGAUGUUGGGCGCGUGUUUGUACAUCCAAGCAGUGUGCUGUUCGAUGCACAGGGUUUCGCGGGGCCGGGCGCCCAGUUCUUGAGUUAUUUUACGAUGGUGAGGACGAGUAAGAUUUUUGUUAGGGAGUUAACACCGUUUAAUGCGUAUACCCUCCUGCUGUUUGCCGGCUCCAUUGAGCUAGACACGCAGGGAAGAGGGUUAAUUGUGGACGGAUGGAUAAGGCUGAGAGGAUGGGCCAGGAUUGGCGUAUUGGUGUCGAGGCUCAGGGGGGUGAUUGAUCGGUUGAUUGAGAGGAAAGUUGAGAAUUUUGGGGGGAAUGGGGGCAGUGAGGGGGAGGUGAUUCGGUUGGUAACGAGGUUGGUUGAGUUAGAUGGGUUGGAUGCUUGA